CACUAUACAGUUGGUGGGUAGUGGACCACAGGAACAUGUCAGCAGUCAUCUCUGUCCUACACUACACUUCUUCUUCCCUACUCGUUCGUAUCAAAACCCUCCCUCUCUCUUUCACUUCCACCCUAUUUCUUCAUCCAUCUCUUUCCACUCAUCGCUCACUCCCUCCUCACUCCCUCACUCUCUCUCUCUCUUCCCUGAUGCCAAGGGAAAUGGAAAUGAACACCAAAACCCACAAACACCCACCUCGUAUCUAAUCCAUCCUCACCCACCCAAUUCCUCUCUCCAGUUUGAUCAGCGCACCCGCAAUUAUAUCUAUGGGGCCUUACGGUUCCACCGUUUGCUCCGGCGUCAGCAGCAGCGCCAGCUCCUCGUCUUCCUCCUCCGUCACCAAACCACCUGCCGAGAUCGAUGGCUAUUUGGCCGACGCCGGCUACAAGGUCCGCUCCUCCGACCUACGACAUGUCGCUCAGCGCCUCGAGCGCCUCGAGACCGUCAUGGUCAAUUCCCCCAACGACCUCUCCCAGCUCGCCUCCGAUGCCGUUCUCUACAACCCUUCCGACCUCGCCACCUGGGUCGACUCGCUCCUCUCCGAGUUCAACCACCAGCCCCUUAUCUCCCUACCAUCCGAUCUCGACUUCCCUGACGCCAUCAUCAAUCCAACGGACCUCCCCAACGACACCUGGACCGAACCUCUUCCGCCGCCUCAGCAGCAGCAGCACCAGCUCACCGUCGUCACGGCUAUGGAAGAAGAUUCCGGUAUAAGGCUCGUCCACUUGCUCGUCACGUGCGCCGAAUCCGUCCAGCGUGGCGAUCUCGCGUUGGCGGGCUCGCUGAUCGAGAACAUGCAGACUCUGCUCACACGUGUCAACACCAGCUGCGGCAUCGGUAAGGUCGCUGGUUACUUCAUCGACGCCCUCAGCCGCCGAAUCUUCUCCCACCAGGGCGUCGCCUCGGCUCACGAGAACGAGCUCCUCUACCAUUACUUCUACGAGGCCUGCCCCUACCUCAAAUUCGCCCACUUCACCGCCAAUCAGGCCAUCCUGGAAGCCUUCCAGGGUCACGAUUGCGUCCACGUCAUCGACUUCAACUUAAUGCACGGCUUGCAAUGGCCGGCACUUAUACAGGCCCUGGCUCUACGCCCCGGUGGGCCCCCCUUGCUCCGACUGACGGGCAUUGGACCGCCUUCGCCGGACGGGCGAGACUCGCUGAGAGAAAUCGGCCUUCGACUGGCCGAAUUGGCUCGGUCCGUCAACGUCCGUUUCGCCUUUCGCGGAGUGGCGGCUUCUAGGCUCGAGGAUGUGAAGCCGUGGAUGCUGCAGGUGAGCCCGAAGGAGGCUGUGGCAGUGAACUCAAUCAUGCAGCUGCAUCGGCUUCUCGGAUCGGACCCUAACCGGAAUUCCCCAAUCGAGAUGAUGCUGGGCUGGAUCCGGAACCUGAACCCGAAGAUCGUGACGGUUGUGGAGCAGGAAGCGGACCACAACAAAACCGGGUUCUUGGACCGAUUCACGGAGGCUUUGUACUACUACUCGACGAUGUUCGACUCGCUGGAGGCUUGCGCGAUGCAGCCGGAGAAGGCCUUGGCGGAGAUGUACAUACAGAGGGAGAUAUGCAACGUGGUUUGCUGUGAGGGCGCGGCUCGAGUGGAGAGACACGAGCCGUUGGGGAAGUGGAGGGCUCGGCUGGGACAAGCCGGGUUUAGGCCUCUGCAUUUGGGUUCCAAUGCUUUCAAGCAAGCGAGUAUGCUUCUGACACUUUUCUCGGCUGAAGGGUACCGCGUGGAAGAGAACGACGGGUGCCUCACUCUCGGCUGGCACAGCCGUCCUCUCAUCGCGGCUUCGGCUUGGCAGGUCAUGCCUACGGCUGAAGCAACCACAGCCAACCAACCGGUUGGGGUUAUUAAUCAAAAUAAUAAUGCCAAUCAUGUCUAAAUUUCACCUUAGCUUUUUUAUUUUAUUUUAAAUUUUAUGAGUUUCUUGCUCUUUUUUCAUGUUCUGCUUUAAUGAUCCAGAAAUGCUUAAUGGAUGUGGUACAAUAUAUCUAUAUA